GUGGAACUUUGGGUUGGUUGCGCGUUGCGGUGUGUUGCCGGUAGAUACCGUGCGCGGCCAAGUGCAGUGUGGAGAUGCAACGGACCGCUGUGAUGUUGCUGGUGGGUUGUGUGGCUGCCGCCUUUAUCUUCUUCGUGACGCCAUCCGAGGCGCUGAAAGAAGGAGAGUGUGAAGUUUGUACGACAUUCUUGGAUCGGUUUUACAAAUCACUAGUGGAGAAAAAUGUAAAAUUCACUACUGAUAUAAUAGAGGAAGAACUACUCGUGGCAUGCAGGGAUGUCAAGGGCAAGGAAAACAGAUUUUGCUAUUAUAUUGGAGCGACGAUUGAUGCAGCAACCAGAGUGGUCAAAGAGGUUUCCAAGCCAAUGAGCAAUCAUGUGCCAAUCACUAAAAUAUGUGAAAAACUGAAGAAGUCAGACCAUCAAAUCUGUGAUCUGAAAUAUGACAAGCAGGUGGAUCUGAGCACAGUGGAUCUGAAGAAACUACGGGUCAAGGAACUGAAGAAGAUCCUGGAUGAGUGGGGCGAGUCUUGUAAAGGCUGUGCUGAAAAAUCGGACUUCAUCCAGAAAAUCACUGACCUGAUGCCCAAGUACGCGCCCCAUGCUGCCAAAUCACGUACCGAUCUCUAAUGAUGCCCUAGCCACUGUUUCAUGACUGUACAUUCUCCAUCGUUUUUCACUUUUUUGUAUUUAUUAAUAAAGGGACUUUAAUGCCGUGA